CUCCUCCUGCCUCUGCCAAGUGCCAUGCCCGUGAGAUCAGAGUGCAGUCUUGAAAACCGGCCUCACUGAAGGUGCCCACAGCAAAAAAGCGUCAGAGCAGGAGCGUGCCUGCCGGGGUACGGAUGCUCAGUACCAUGGCAGAGGCUUCGGGGAGUCCUCUGCCCGAGCCCGUAGUAAGGAGGAAGAAAAGCAUAUCUAUUGAGGAAAAAAUCGACAUCAUAAGUGCUGUGGAGAGCGGCAAGAAAAAGGCAGAGAUCGCAGCCAAGUAUGGCAUAAAGAAGAAUUCCUUGUCUUCGAUUAUGAAGAAUAAAGAAAAAGUCUUGGAAGCCUUUGAAUCUUUACGAUUUGAUCCUAAAAGAAAAAGGCUAAGGACUGCUUUUUAUACUGACCUGGAGGAGGCAUUGGUGAAGUGGUACAGAAUGGCUCAGUGCUUGAACGUGCCGGUAAACGGUCCUAUGUUGCGCCUCAAGGCUAAUGAUUUUGCCCAGAAGCUUGGACAUAGUGAUUUUAAAUGCAGUAAUGGCUGGCUCGAUCGUUUCAAGUCAAGGUAUGGCUUAGUUUUCAGAGCUCAGCCUAUAGAAGCAGCUGCUACUACUACAGUGAAUGCUCCAACUCCUUGGUAUCAAAAUGUUCUGCCUUACUAUUUAAAUGAUUAUCAGCCGAAAAACAUGUUUUUUAUACAGGAGACCGGAUUGUUGUAUCAGAUGUUACCAUAUAGCACAUUUGCAUUUAAAGGGGAAACUUGUUCUGUAGGUCAACUAAGCAAAGAGAGAAUAACUGUAGCGGUGGGUGCAAAUAUGGAUGGCUCUGAGAAACUUCGUUUGCUUGUUAUAGGAAAAAACAAAAGUCCACGCUCUUUCAAAGAUGUAAAGUCGCUACCUGUGGAUUAUGAAGCAAAUGAUAUGGCGUGGAUGACUUCAGAAGUGUUUGAACAGUGGAUGCGUAAACUUGAUGACAGAUUUCAAGCACAGCAGCGGCAAGUUGUUAUUCUUGCUGAUUCUCUCCCAGCACACACAGAAGUAAAGAACCUGAAGUCUAUCAAAUUAGUGUUCUGUCCACCAGACUCUUCUUCAUGUAUAGCUAUGAAACAAGGGAUUAUCAGAAGUCUGAAGCUUAAAUACAGGCACUGUCUUACCAAGAGAUUCAUUGACUGUGUAGAAGGUAAUAAAGAGUUUAUGCUGACACUUCUUGAUGCAAUUGAGAUGUUGCACCUGUGCUGGAGGAAAGUAACACCAGAGACUUUUGUAAAAAGUUACGAUGAAGUGGGAUUCAAAUUAGAAACCAAGGCAAAUGAUAGCGACACAGAAGUUGAAAGUGAUUUUGAUUUGAUUGCACAUGCACAGGCAGCUGGAGUGCAGUUUCUAAAAGGUUUAUCUUUGGAGGAAUAUGCAGCUCUAGAUGAUGGCUUGGUAACUUGUGAAAUGCCCACAAAUAAUGAAAGGAUGUGUGCCGAAGAAACCACAUCAGACGAAGCUGGGACAUUUGUUGCUGAUGAAGGUGAUGGAUUUCAGGGAGCUGAACAACUUUUACCAUCAAAAAAUGAGGCUUUGAGUGCUGUAGAUACCCUUCGAAAGUUUCUCAGAAGUCAAGACACAAAUGAUUCUCUUCAAGAUUCCCUAGCUGACCUGGAGCAUUUUAUUCAACAAGUAACUGAAAAAAAAGAAACUAUAAUUGAAGAAAAAUAGGCAGUUUAGUAACAGUUGUUGUUGCAAUCUUCUCUAGUGUGCCUUGCUCAGGUGCCUAGAUGUAUAUAACAAAAGGAAAUUAUGAAAAAGGGCUGUGAAGUUAAGUUUUCCACAAAAUGAAGAGGAAAGAACACAAAAUUUGGGGUGGAAAGAGGAAAUAAGUUGAACCUUUAAAAUUAUAACUAUAGUAAGUGCAGUGAAGGCAAAAGCAAUUCUUUGAGCGGUUUGUUAAUUCAGGAUGCACUGGUGCCCACUUGGAGUUCUGUCUUCCGGAAGAGAUUAGCAUUAGAUUUAGAUUAGAUACGAGGAAGAAGUUGCUUACUCUGAGGGUGGUGAGGCACUGGAACAGGUUGCCCAGGGAAGUUGUAGAUGCCCCAUCCCUGGAAGUGUUCCAGGCCAGGCUGGAUGGGGCUUUGAGCAGCCUGGUCUAGUGGGAGGUGUCCCUGCCCAUGGCUGGGGGUUGGAACGAGAUGAUCUUUAAAGUCCUUUCCAACUCUAACCAUUCUAUGGUUCUAUGAUGCUAUGAUUCUAUGAUGAUUUCACCAGCGUCUUUGGUAUUGUUGUCAGUGGAACGGUAAAUAUUUAGCAGCUUGGUGCUUUUGAUACUUAAAGAAAAAGUUGAAUAACACAGAAAAUACAUGCUUCAGUUCUGAGAACUAAGGGGUUUUUAAAAUAAAUUUUUUUGGUCCUUGUUCAAGAAUUCUGGCCAUCUUUUAUUCUUGCAGCAGAUGAUGAACAGCAGAAAGUUAGUAGCUUUGGACGUGUUUUUUUUUUUCUUAAAGCUGCUCAUGUGUGGGUACACACAAAUAGCAUAAUCAUUUAUCCAAAAGUCAAAGACAAACAAACCUUUACUUGGUCUUUGAAGAGGUCAAAAAGGAAGGUCAUUCUCUCCCUUUCAGCCUUUUUGGUGUUAGGAUUUGAUAUAGGUCCUUCUGUGCAACUCCAUGUGUUUCUACAGUAAAUAUAGAAAAAAAAAACAGCUUAUGCAGUAUCUGCACUCAAAACUUUACUGAACUCUUGUUUUAUUUACUAUACUUGAAGGCUUUACUUGUAGGAGUCAAUGCAUCGAUGCAGUUCAUUAUUAUGGGUGCCAUUAAGAGGGGUUUGCAUGAAUGUUUGCAUGAAUGCAGUGUGAAGGUGAGUAAAUGACAGUGCAUUUACACGUCUUUAAGGAUGGGGUUCAAGCAAUGUAAUCAUACCAGAGCCAAAAAUCUCAAUUUGUUGGAGACGUGCUGUUUGUGACUUUUCUCAAAACAUGUUUUAAACAUUUUCCACAUCUACCAAUUCUAAUUUUUUAAGAAGUUAGAGAUAGU